GAAUAGGAGAGCUGAGGUGCCUCUCCAGGCGCUGAGCCAGCUGACCCCUGACCCAUAAGGGUUAGUGGGGUGCAACUCGCUGAGGUCGGAGUCCACCGACUCCCUGGGACCAGAACGGCGAGCCUGCGGCGGCUGGUGACGCGCCGUCCUCCCUCCUCCUCCCGCCUGACCCUGGGGCGGCGCUCGUCGGUGACGUCGGGGUAAUGAUGGCCGCCGGGAGGCCGGGAAGGUGAAGAAUUGGUGGAGUCAACACAGUCAGUAGCCAACCUCAGCGUGAGACAGGACAGAGGAAAACUCCAGUUCUUUUCGUCUUUUUGACUCCAGCCACGUCCAUGAUGCCCACCCUGUGAAGGUCUCUCACCAUCCAAAAAUUGUGCCAGCAGAUGACCCGUGGAUCCAUUUUAUUUCCCUGCUAGGAGUUGCUGUGCAUGAAACUGGCGCAAUGUCCCUGCUCUUCUCUCGAUGCAACUCCAUUGUCACUGUCAAGAAGGAUAAGAGACACAUGGCCGAAGUGAACGCUUCCCCGCUCAAGCACUUUGUCACCGCCAAGAAGAAGAUCAAUGGCAUUUUUGAGCAGUUGGGGGCCUAUAUCCAGGAGAGUGCCACCUUCCUCGAAGACACCUACAGGGAUGCAGAACUGGACCCUGUUACGACAGAAGAACAGGUUUUGGACGUCAAAGGCUACCUGUCCAAAGUGAGGGGCAUCAGUGAGGUGCUGGCCCGGCGGCACAUGAAAGUGGCUUUUUUUGGCCGGACGAGCAACGGGAAGAGCACUGUGAUCAACGCCAUGCUCUGGGACAAGGUGCUGCCCUCCGGGAUCGGCCACACCACCAACUGCUUCCUGCGGGUGGAGGGCACGGAUGGCCACGAGGCCUUCCUCCUCACGGAGGGCUCAGAGGAGAAGAGGAGCGUCAAGACUGUGAACCAGCUGGCCCACGCCCUUCACCAGGAUGAGCAGCUGCACGCUGGCAGCCUGGUGAGUGUGAUGUGGCCCAACUCCAAGUGCCCGCUUCUCAAGGAUGACCUCGUGCUGAUGGACAGCCCUGGCAUCGAUGUCACCACAGAGCUGGACAGCUGGAUUGACAAAUUUUGCCUGGACGCUGAUGUAUUCGUGCUGGUGGCCAACUCAGAGUCCACCCUGAUGCAGACGGAAAAGCAGUUCUUCCACAAGGUGAGCGAGCGCCUGUCCCGCCCGAACAUCUUCAUCCUGAACAACCGCUGGGACGCGUCUGCCUCGGAGCCCGAGUACAUGGAGGAGGUGCGGCGGCAGCACAUGGAGCGCUGUACCAGCUUCCUGGUGGAUGAGCUGGGCGUGGUGGAUCGAGGCCAGGCUGGAGACCGCAUCUUCUUCGUGUCUGCCAAGGAGGUGCUCAACGCCAGGAUCCAGAAGGCCCAGGGCAUGCCCGAAGGAGGCGGUGCUCUUGCAGAAGGCUUUCAAGUGAGGAUGUUUGAGUUUCAGAAUUUUGAGAGGAGAUUUGAGGAGUGCAUCUCCCAGUCGGCUGUGAAGACCAAAUUUGAGCAGCACACGGUCCGGGCCAAGCAGAUCGCGGAGGCCGUUCGCCUCAUCAUGGACUCUUUGCACAUCGCGGCGCAGGAGCAGCGGGUUUACUGCCUGGAAACGCGUGAGGAGCGGCAGGAGCGGCUGAGAUUUAUUGACAAGCAGUUGGAACUCUUGGCGCAGGACUACAAACUACGAAUUAAGCAGAUUACGGAGGAAGUCGAGAGGCAGGUGUCGACUGCGAUGGCUGAGGAGAUCCGGCGCCUCUCUGUGCUGGUGGACGAGUACCAGAUGGACUUCCACCCUUCCCCAGUGGUCCUCAAGGUCUACAAGAAUGAACUGCACCGCCAUAUAGAGGAAGGGCUGGGCCGAAACAUGUCGGACCGCUGCUCCACGGCCAUCACCAGCUCCUUGCAGACCAUGCAGCAGGAGAUGAUAGAUGGCCUGAAACCCCUCCUGCCUGUGUCUGCGCGGAGUCAGAUAGACAUGCUGGUCCCUCGGCAGUGCUUCUCCCUCAGCUAUGACCUGAACUGUGACAAGCUGUGCGCUGACUUUCAGGAGGACAUCGAGUUUCAUUUUUCUCUCGGGUGGACCAUGCUGGUGAACAGGUUCUUGGGCCCCAAGAACAGCCGCCGGGCCUUGAUGGGCUACAAUGACCAGGUGCAGCGGCCCAUGCCCCUGACCCCAGCCAACCCCAGCAUGCCCCCGCUGCCCCAGGGCUCCCUCACCCAAGAGGAGCUCAUGGUUUCCAUGGUUACCGGCCUGGCCUCCCUGACCUCCAGGACCUCCAUGGGCAUUCUCGUUGUUGGAGGAGUGGUGUGGAAGGCUGUCGGCUGGCGACUCAUCGCCCUCUCCCUUGGCCUCUACGGCCUCCUCUAUGUCUACGAGCGUCUAACCUGGACCACCAAGGCCAAGGAGAGGGCCUUCAAGCGCCAGUUUGUAGAGUACGCCAGCGAGAAGCUGCAGCUCAUCAUCAGCUACACUGGCUCCAAUUGCAGCCACCAAGUCCAGCAGGAGCUGUCUGGGACCUUCGCUCAUUUGUGCCAGCAAGUCGACGUCACCCGAGAGAACCUGGAGCAGGAAAUUGCCGCCAUGAACCAGAAAAUCGAGGUUCUUGAUUCACUUCAGAGCAAAGCCAAACUGCUCAGGAAUAAAGCUGGUUGGUUGGACAGCGAACUCAACAUGUUCACGCACCAGUACCUGCAGCCCAGCAGAUAGUGCGCAGCGCGGAGGCGGAGCCUGCAUGGGGAGGGGCAGCACCGCCAGCUGCGCGGGGCUUCCCAGCGGGGCCGCACGCACCUCCUGUCCGCUGCCGCCACCGUGAGAAGGAAAGCACCCGCUGUCUCCCACCGUUUUGAGCCCUGAAACGCUCGUUCUUUUCCCCUCCUUUGCCUGCUGUUGCAGGAAGAUCUUCCGGCUCAUACCCUGAAAGGAGCCUUUUUGUUUUUAGUGAUGACUGUGGACAGCAUGGUCCUGAGGAGUUCAGUGGAGUCUUUUCACUGCUUUGUCAGGCUCUCUUGAUUGAGAACCAUCUGAUUGCUUGAUGAGGUCUGGGAUCGGCCAGCAUUGCAGAAGGCCUGGUUGGGCCUUUAAGGGUAUCAGGCAGACACCCCCUCCCGGGCCAACAUUAACAUUGACCCGUGGCACCCCUGCCCACCACGCACCCCAGCUCACCUGCAGAGAAAGGCAGCCUUCGGGGGUGGUUGCAUUUUCUUCCCAGAUUGCACGGGGAGUAGUUCCAGGAAGGCCAAGGCUGUCCCAGGAGGGUGUGGCUUAUGUGUCAGUGUGGUCCUUCGGCUUUCAUGCUUUAUCCCAUUUGCAGAGCCUUCCAGACCAGCCUUUCAGUCUUGGUGCUGGGGCUCAGCGUGCCUCGGGUUUAGGCUGAGGCGGGCCUCGUGCCACAAGCGGCAGGAAGGAUGUCGCAGAGGCGGCUGGAGCGCUGAGUGGCGGAGGGCAGGGGGUGUGCGGCGGGCGCGUCCCCGUGCCCCUGCUGUCGCGGGCGACCCGUGCCAGGACGGGGAGACACUUGCCUCCUGUUUGUUGUGGCCCUUGUUCUGGUUUUUGUCCUUAGCAUGUUAGUCUGGUUUCUUAUUCGUGAAAGAUGGUUUGGUCCAGAUUGUUAAAGGAUGUCGUUGAAGGAAAGAUGGCGGAAGGAGGGGACCUUGGUAGCAGGCUGAGGGGAGUGGGCCCCCCCAGGACGCUGGAGAAUCUGGAGUUGAUGCAGAGCAGGCCCUUGGUUUGGCCUCGCUCUGUGGGGCCUCGUGGGGUCUGAGGGCCCAGCCUACUAGCUCGAUGCUCCCACCCCUCACCCCGCCUCCGCCGCCCGUGGCCACAGACCUCUGGACGACGUCACCCGUGCCAGCGAUGCCACACGUGGCCGAGAAACAGUGCGGGGAACGCAGCACCCAGCCUCCCACCCUUCCCAAUCCCAGAGCCUCCAGCGGACACAUGGGGCCUCGUGUUGCUUUUGAGAAGUGUUUCCUGUUGUUGAGCUGGGGAGUUGUUACUGGUCAAAGUGGGGGCAGGUUCCUGUCUCCAAGGUGUUAACUGUCUGGGGCCAGCAGCCUUCGGGUGUCAGCCUUUGCAGGGCAGGUCAGAGAACUUCCUAGAAACCAGCAGCACCUCUCUCCCAGAAAGAGGUGGGGCCCAGGCACAGAGGUGGGGCUUGUCCUACUCUUUUGAAUCCACCCGCCCUCCGACUUCGGGGAAAUGACUUGAUGGCCUCUGCUCACUGGUGGGUGGUAUGCAGGUGGCGUGCUUUCCAGGUGCCCAGCUCUCCAGGUGCCCAAUUGUCCUUCAAACCCUCAAUCUACCCUGGUAUGUGGAACAAAGUGAUGGACUUCACUGAGGCUGCCCUGUGGCGUGAGGGCGCUCUGAGCUUUUUGCUAGGCCUGGAUGGUGGUCAUCUCCCAGUGUGUCUGGAGAAAUCACUGUCACACAAUUUCAAUGAAUUUUGUGCUUUUGGGGGAGGAAAUUAUUUAGAAUAACCAAACAUGAAUUUUUUUGAAUGUAGCCCCUGGGCAAUGAAUGAGAUUUUGAGCUUCUUAUACAAUAAGUAAAAUUGAAUUUAUACCACUGAGGGCAAGACUCUUUCUGAAAGAAGUGUGGCAAAAAGCACUUUAAUUUAAUGCUGCUAACUUUGUUCUCUGUUUUUAUGUUCAUUUGCUGGAGUGCAAGACGUGCUUGACACGGUGGGUUUUUUCUUUGAUGUAUUUAAGGUGAUAUACUUGCCUGGAUUACUCCUGUAUCCUUGCUGAUAAUAUUGGACACUAAAAUAAAACCUAGUUGGAAACCC